AUGACCAAAGGAAAGUAUGGACAUGAUGGUAUUACCCAAACAUAUACUGAUCCAGCUGAUGGAACAGUUUAUAUUUGGGAUAGAGAAAAAAACGCAUGGUUUCCUAAGAUCGAUGAUGAUUUUAUGGCCCAUUACCAACUUAGCUAUGGAUUCAAUUCAAAUGAUAGUUCUACUGUAAGUGUAAAUAGUACAAACACUUUAAAAACAAAUGCUAUCGGAGCUCAAAGUAAAGAAAAUCAAUCUGAAUCUACCUUAAAUGCUUCAGAUGUAAAGCAUGAACCUGAAAAAAGGAAACUCCCGCAACCUUCUGAACCAAAUUGGUUUGAGAUCGAUGAAGAGCAUAAUACAAAAGUUUAUGUCUCAAACUUACCACUAGAUAUAACUGAACAGGAAUUUAUCGAUUUAAUGCAAAAAUGUGGAUUGAUCAUGAAAGAUGUUGACAGUGGUCAAAUGAAAAUUAAGCUUUAUACUGAGAGAGGUACAGACAUUCUUAAGGGAGACGCUCUUUGUACAUAUAUAAAGAAAGAAUCAGUGGAUCUAGCAUUGAAGUUGUUAGACGGUUACAUAUUUCGAGGUAAAGAGAUAUGCGUGGAAAAGGCGAAAUUUACAAUGCGUGGAGAAAAAUACGACCCAUCGUUAAAACCAAAAAAGAAAAAGCGAAAAGAUAAGGAAAAAAUCAAAAAAAUUCAAGAAAAGUUAUUUGAUUGGAGGCCUGAUAAAAUAAUGGGUGGAAGAGGAAAACAUGAAAAUGUUGUGAUCGUCAAAAAUUUGUUUGAAAAAGAAACAUUUGACAAUGAUGUAUCAUUGCUCUUAGAAUAUCAAAGAGAUCUAAGGGAGGAAUGUUCAAAGUGUGGCAUUGUGAAAAAAGUAAUUGUGUACGAUAGACAUCCAGAGGGCGUUGCGCAGAUUAAUUUCAAAGAACCUGAUGCAKCUGAUGCUUGCGUGCUACUAUUAAAUAAUCGGUGGUUUGGACAAAGAAAGAUUACUGCUGAAACAUGGGAUGGAAAAACUAAAUACAAAGUCAUUGAAACACCUGAAGAAACUGAAGAACGCUUAAAGAAAUGGGAGGCUUAUUUAAUAGCCACUGGUAGUACAGAAAAGAAUGAUGCUCAUGAGUCUGAUAGUGACUCAGUUAAAACAAAAAGCGGUGGUGAAAUAUAUGAGAUAGUAUUAUAA